AUGACCAAUAUACACUCGACAGAAGGUCUUGAGCUAGCGGAAAUAGCCUUCUAUGCCAUGGCAGUCCUUCCAGCUUUCGUCUGCUUCGUAGCGCAUGGCAAACAUGGAGUAAUGGGAUGGCUCUACGUAAUUGCCAUGUGCGGUCUACGUCUCGCAGGGAAUGGCAUGGCCUAUCAUUCCUUAUCCACGACUGGUCAUGCCAAUGAAGCUGCUCAAAUCAUUAGCGGGAUCGGAUUGUCGCCUCUCUUACUUGCGGCCUUGGGAAUACUUCAUGAAGCCAAUCAUUCUAUUCAGGUGACACUUCCGAAUAUUCUUCAAGGGCCAAUCCUUCUCGUCCCCCAUCUCGCUAUUCUUACUGGUAUUGCUCUCGCCGCUGCCAGUGGGGGAAAGUCUAACUUACUAGAAGCUGGCUUGAUUGUCCUUACUAUAGGCUGGCUUAUUAUUGCGGCAUUUGUUGUGAUGUCUCUGCGGGCAAGAUCCAGGAAUUUGCGAGUGAAUGAUGAGAAAAAGCUCCUUUGGGCAGUCAUAAUCGCUAUGCCGCUUGUCGGCGUUCGCGUAAUCUAUUCCGUUGUCAUUGUUUUUGUGGACGGGCGGGCUGAUGGAGGUAGCCUGCCGAUUCAGGUAAUCUUCGGAACGAUUCCAGAGUUCCUGGUCAUGAUCACAUAUAUUUCCGCCGGCAUCAUGACGCGUAACUUGGCGUCCGAUCGUACAAAGAUGAACUUGGAAUCAUCCGGUCGGGGCCAGAAUACUCUCGUGUAG